CACCACUCGGAAGAUCAUCCUUACCAAUACAAAGGGACAUAAAUUCCAAAGUCGCUACACACGCUUUAUACAAUAACCGAUCCUUUAAAAUACCUUUCGUAAUACUGCAAAUAUACUAACCUCAUAUUUUCCAUCUAAUCCACAUUACCGCAAUCUUCUAGGGAGUAAAAAAUGACUUUGUGAGAUUGGGAACACGGAAGGGAACACACAGACACCAGCGGAAGUGCAUUUGAAUGGAGCAAGAAACACCAACACAAAGAUACAAAAGGAGAAUAACACAGCAGAGUCAAUGUUACAGUUUGGAGGUAACGAAACACAUUCCUAUUAUUUCACAUGUUUGUAUAGAAUAUGAAAACCACAAAUUCUUUAUUAACACUCAAAAAUUAUUGCAAACAUAUGGGAGGAAAUGGAUUAUCUGCAAGAAGACAUUCGAAGCAAGGAUUAUGGACAGGGCAGCAAACAUGAAGGAAAGGACUGAAUUAUCUGAUGAGGAAGAACCAAACGAAGAAGAAAGGCAGCACACUCAAGUGCAGAGAAGACUGUAUUUCAAUGGGGACUGCGCGGAACUGCCUCGGUUUCACCCAGAAAUAGGCUCGUUGCUAAUGAAAUCUGUUUGUGCAGGAUUUUUUUUUCCUAUUUUAUCAUUGGUCUGUAAAUCUAAUAAGUAGACAUAGAAUAGAUUUAGGGCAGGACACCUGACUCCGAAAAACGGCAACAGGUACGCCACUCCAUUCACACCCUCCAUUUGAAUCUCGUUAUAGAACAUUGUCAUUAUUUGCACUGCAUUACACACUACCCACAAACCCAGUUUUUCAAACACUCUUUCUCUAAAAUUUUAUUCCCAGAAGACUG